AUGGGUGACACCUUUCUCGUGAACGCAGACCGCAAAGAUACAACUCAAGUGGAAAUUAAUGACCUCGAGCUCGAAAGCGAUACACGUUCACUGAGUGGGAAAAGCCCGUCCAACCCCAAUUGGACGACGACGCGACGAGAAUUAUGGUGUUUUUAUCUAUACUACAUUGGCAACAAUGGCCUUUCUGGGUUCAAUUUUGGCCCUUCGCAGUUCCAAAAUUUGCUGUAUUUAGCUGGGUAUGACCCAGAGCAACCUCCAUUCACUGCCACCUGUGGGAGUGGUACAGGUUGCGUGCUUCCUUACUUAGGCCGUGUUCGGGACAUCAACUCGAUUGUACUCCUCACAAAUGGUAUCAGUUUUGCCAUCCAGGCCGUCCUUCUCUUGAUGAUCGGAGCAUGGGCAGACUAUGGACGUUGGAGGCCCAACAUCACUAUUUUCUUCACUCUAGUGGCUGUUGGAGUAUCAUUUGCUUGGCUCGGCGUUGACGAGCCAUCGCAAUGGCGUGCCGGAAUCGCACUUUAUGUACUCGGUCUGAUCACCUACCAGUGCGCUCUCACGUUCUGGACCGCCGCGUUUCCUGGGCUCGCGCGCAAUCUUCCAGAGGUUGAACAGUCAGCUGAGGAAGCGAAACAAGGGAAGAAAACGUCGGUCGUUUUCUUAAUCCUUGUUCUUUUCUCGAACAGCCUCGAUGACCACGCAAAUUUCGAGUCCCUCGCGAGGAACCGGAUCUCGAACAUGUCGUUCGCAAUUUGCUCGGCCGGCGAGAUCGUUGUCCUCGCAAUCAUGGUCGGUAUCAUCAAGGGCCUCAAGGCGGGCGACAGCACCGAAAAUAAUACGAAAUCCUUCAGUGUGCUCAUUGCAUUCUCUGGUGCCGUCUGGCUCCUUUGUGCCAUUCCAUGGUUCAUUUUCGAGAAGCGCCGGCCGGGACUCGCGCUCCCUCCAGGAGCUUCUCUCGUAACGAUCGGUUUCAAGCAGACUUAUGUCGCGUUCCGUGAAUGUCUACGCUUGAAGCAGACUUUCUUAUACCUCAUAUUCUAUUUCUUGAUGGGCGAUGUUUUGAAUACCACGGUGACUGUCAUUGGGACUCUACAGAACAGCGUUGUAUCAUAUUCGACACUCCAAUUGACCCUUCUGCUCUUGGUCGGGAUUGUCGCGCAAGGGAUCGGGAUCUAUGCAUUUUGGCUCGUGCAGAAGAAGUACAUGAUAUCCACUAAAACUAUGUUGAUGUUCAACGUCUUUUGGAUUUUGGUGCUGACGAUAUGGGGUCUCAUCGGUGUCCACACCGAUAAAUUCGGGUUCAAGCAUAUCUGGGAAAUCUGGCUGUAUCAGGUCUUUUACGGGCUGAUGGUGUGUCCGUGGUAUGCAUACAGUCAGACGAUGAUCAGCGAAGUCUCGCCCUUACCGCAAAUGUUCCUAUUUUUUGCCCUGUUCUCCGUCAUCGGGAAGACGUCUGCGUUCAUAGGACCUUUUGUUUCCGAAGCCAUCAUCACUGCCUCCGGAAACAACAACAACAUGCCGUUCGCAUUUUUGUUUGCCUUGGGUGCAUUCAGCACAAUAUUUUUGUUCUUGGUCGAUAUGGAGAAGAGUCGCGUCGAGUGCGAGGAAUUCGUGGCGGCCGAGGCAGAACAUCAAGCAUUCACUAAUAUCGUUGCGUGA